AUGGCCGCUGGACUCAAGACUAUCAUCGCGCUCUCAUUUGUGCUCGCGAUCGGUUUUCUCCUCGUUAUCCUCUCAUCCGCUCUUUGGCACAAGUACUGGCCUUUGCUGGUUGUCGCCAUCUAUGUGGUGGCGCCACUCCCCAACUGGAUCUGUGGACGAUGCGCGAACCCGGAUGAUUUCAUGGACAGCUCGAGUAACUCGGCAAUGGACUUUGGGCGCUUCAUGACCGGAUUCUUGGUUUUGACUGGAAUUGCACUUCCCGUGGUUCUCGCACAUAGCGGAGCGAUCGAGGUGCCGGCCAUGGUCAUGUCGAUUGUUGGCGGCCUGUUGAUCUACGGUACUAUUAUUAGCUUCUCAAUGUUCUUCCAGGAGCAGGAGGAGUUCUGA